AUGCAGGGUAUCCUCAAGGCAACUUUCCUGGCUCUCGCCAUCACCAUGGCGUCGGCCGCCCCUCAGCACAACGCUCGUCACUUCCACCGUCGUGGCGACGUUGCGCAGAUCAACGACAACGACCUCGUUGACCUCGCCAACCCCAAGGUCGGCGUCUCGGUCCUCUCUGAGAUCACCAAGAACAUCAAGCGUGCCGACACUACCCAGAUCAACGACGAUGACCUCGUUGACGCAAAGAACCCCGACGUCCUCGUCUCGGUCCUCUCUGACCUCGGCCUCGCCCGCCGUGGUGACACCACCCAGGUCAAUGACAACGACCUCGUCGACGCCAAGAACGCUAAGAUUCUGGUCUCGAUCCUGAGCAAGCUCGGCCUCGCCAAGCGUGACACCACGCAAAUCAACGAUGACGACCUCGUCGACCUCAAGAACCCCAAGGUCCUCGUCUCCGUCCUCAGCAAGCUGGGUCUUGCUAAGCGCGGCGACACCACUCAGAUCAACGACGACGACCUGGUUGACGCCAAGAAUGCCAAGAUCCUCGUCUCUCUCCUCUCCAAGCUCGGCCUCUCGAAGCGCGACACCACUCAGGUCAACGACAACGACCUCAUCGACGCAAAGGAUGCUAAGAUCCUCGUCUCCAUCCUGAGCAAGCUGGGCCUCUCGAAGCGCGACACCACCCAGGUAAACGACGACGACCUCAUUGACGCCAAGGACGCCAAGGUCCUCGUUUCGAUCCUCUCCAAGCUCGGCCUGGGCAAGCGCGAUGUCACUCAGAUCAACGACGACGAUGCCGUUGACGCCGCCGACGCUCGUGUCGCUGUUCCCGUCCUCUCCAAGAUCGGCAAGAUGCAGAAGCGCCGCAUCACCCAGAUCAACGAUGACGACCUCGUCGACGCAAAGAACCCCAAGGUCGGUAUCUCGGUCCUCAGCGACAUCGAGCGCAGGGGUAGCCACCCCCACCCUCACCCUCACCCGGCCCCUGCUCAGCCUUCCAGGACCGCCACCGAGGACGACGGUGACGUGACUCAGAUCAACGACAGCGACCUCGUCGACCUCAAGAACCCGGACAUCGCCAUUCCGAUCCUCAGCGACAUCGAGCGCAGGGGUAGCCACCCUCACCCUCACCCUCACCCCGAGCCCUCGCGGGUCGCCGAGAAGGAGGACAGCGAUGACGUGACCCAGAUCAACGACGAUGACCUUGUGGACCUUAAGAACCCGGACAUCGCCAUCCCCAUUCUGAGCGACCUGUCUCGCCGUGGCAACCACCCGCACCCUCACCCUCACCCUCACCCGCACCCUACCCCUACCUCGGCCCGCACUGCCGCCACCUCGUCGUCGUCGACCCCCUCUUCGACCGCCUCUGCUUGCCCCCCUGGCACCACGCAGAUCAGCGACAACGACUUGAUCGACGCCAAGAACGUCAACAUCUCACUCUGCAUCCUCGACCUCGACGGAUCAUGCAGGAAGGCCGCUGCCGCCAGCGCCACUCCCGUCGCUCAGAACGGCGGCACCGUCUGCGGCAGCGUCAAGCAGGUCAACGACGACGACCUCCUUGACCUCAAGAACUUUGGUCUCAACAUCGGGAUCCUCUAA